AUGGCUCGGGGAAAGGGCGCGGCAGAACCCGAAAAGAGCCAGCGGCUUUCCCUUGCUGAGCUGGCCGCUCAUGACGAUGUGUGCUCAGAUGUCAUGAUAGAUAAUGCUUAUUACAAGGCGAGAAUCCGAAAGAAUCGCACUAAACACAUCCCAAUCCGCGGUAUCAAGGAAGACGAAGUCCCUCAGAUUCUACUACACAAGGUCAUUGUCGACAAAGAUGUGGAUGCGGCAGAGAAGGCCCUUCUCGCGCUCCCUGGGUUGAAGAGGUAUAGAAAGAGCUUGCGCAGCAAAACCGAACAGGAACAUUUUUUGCGUCACCUGAGAAAAUACAUAGAGAUGUACCAGACUGAUUGCGCUUGGGAAGUCUCUACAACCAAUCGGUACACCAUUACCACUUACGAGGCUGCGGUCACAGCAAGGAGACGGAUUCGACAGGGAGAUACCAUCAAAUAUCUCACUGGCACACUGGUCCCUUUGACCACUGAAGAAUCAGCCGACUUGGACCUGACGAAUCGCAAUUUCAGCAUAGUCGUUUCUAGUCGCAAGAAGAACUCAUCCAUCUUUUUGGGUCCUGCUCGCUUCGCCAAUCAUGAUUGCGACGCAAACGGACGCCUUGUGACGCGUGGAGAAAACGGGAUGGAAGUGGUUGCCAUGAAAAAUAUUGAGGUCGGCGACGAAAUUACCGUCUCAUAUGGCGAUGACUACUUUGGGCCGGGCAACAUUGACUGUCUGUGCCAUACCUGUGAACAACUCGAGCGAAAUGGCUGGACAUCCAAGGCUGGCAUUCUGGACACUCCCAGUCGCACCUCCACUCCGGUCCAUGAACCUCAAUCAGUGGUCCAAUCUCGUGGCUUAAAGCGGAAAAGAGACUCGAACCCUUCACAGUCUUCUUCCGUACCACCUCCGUCGAAGCAUGCCAAAGGCGUGCAGUCCCCAUCUAAGUUGCAGCAUUCUUGGACCCCUUCAGACAGUUCAGAUGCAGAAACGCCCUUGCUUCCAGUUGAGCGAAACUCCGAACCGAUCGAGGAUCUGCGGACCCUUGCUUCUGAGACAGGCGCAGCACUCUCGCCACCUCGGAGUCCAUUGCAACCCGAAACGCACGGGUCCGGAGAGUUCUUGACUCCAGUGGGUAUAGAAUCAUCUGCUCCGGAAAAUGGUGUGGACCAUGGUUCUGAGCAGUCGCCCGGCUUGUCGCAAACAUACACAAAUUCCAGUGCAAGCAGGAAGAAUGCCAACCUUCUAGGCAAGAUAUGCUCACGUGCUCCAUUAUCCCCGGCACCGACUUCUCCUUCAAGCCAUGGUUCUGCAACUGAGGCGGGCCAGUCACGGAUACCGAUCCCCAAACCUUAUAAUGCCGAUACUGUUGUCACGGUAAAGGUCGAAACUGUCCAGACAACGAAGGUGGAGGAGGAUGAGGAGGAGGCUUAUUAUGACGACGAGGAUACAGUCGUCAUGAUUGAGUCUAAGCCAGAAUCUGCGCAAACCACUGGAAGCCUCCGGCAAUCGCAGGAGCGGCCAAAAAGACCGAGCACGAUCACCGAGAAUAACUCUUCUGUUAUUCCUCACACCGUUUCGAUUCUAUCAACGACGACAGUCAGUAAAGAGGUGCGCCCUGUUGAAUCACCCGUUGCCGCAGCCACGGAAACCAGUGUGCUACCAUCCAUUGAGCCCGUAACCGUCUCAACAACAGUCAGUACUUUGACUGUCCAUCCGGUGACUGGCACCAUCCGCAUUGCGGGCGAUUACAUCCUCACUAGGAAAUUACUUGCCCAGCCUCAUGAUCGUUGGGUACAGUGCCACAACGACAAAUGUCUUGGGUUCUUUAUCCAACCUAACGGAUACCAGACGAGACGUGAAUGCCCGCGGUGCGAGCGUCACAGUAUGCUCUAUGGAUUUCCUUGGCCGAAGACUGAUCCAGAUCCUCGAAAGUUGCUUGAGCGUAGGUCUCAGGGAACUGGCCGCGGCAAGAAGAACAAUGCGCCGGCCACCGAGUACAGUGCAUACAGACGCAAAGGGAGAUGUGGAAAAGGGACAUGGGUGGAAGGUGGAGGAGACCCGGAGGAACGGGUCAUGGACCAUCGCACCAUCCAUCGCUUCGUGUUGCCCGAAGAAGAGAGAGAGCUGACCCGGAAGGGCUUACUGAAAGAAGCUGAAAUUGCUCGCGCAGCGGGAGACCACGCCUUGGCUAUUUUGGAGGCGAGGAUGCGCGCAAACUCCAGCUCUCGCGCCCUGAACCACGGAACAGCAACGGAAAGUGCUACCAGAGAUGUUAGCGAAAGUGGGAGUGCCACCCCUGAUGAGCUGAGGAGGAGAAGUAACAGGUUCGUCACGCGGCCUGUAGGCGUCUACACGGACAAAUUCUAG